UUUAAAUAUGGACAGAAAAAUUAACGAAAUUGUUUCGUUUCUAGUAGAAAUUACUAAAGUAAACGUUGAGUCUGGGUGGUAUAGAUCUUCCAUCAUCUAUCUAAUUAUAUUUACCAUUUUGAUUGGAUUUCUGUUUAUAAUAUAUUUAAAAUGGAAAGUACAAGGCAAUCCGGAACACAAUCGGCAUGGAAACUUGGAGCAAAAUCAGAACCAAAGCGAUGCAGGUGUUGGCGAUAGCAAUAGAAUUAAUACUGUUGCAGAAGGAGAAUUAGUUGCUAAUCAAGGACUUAGACGAGAUCAACCUACUGUCGACAGUACUGCGAUGGAUCGCCGCGAUGCGGUUAACAGCCAAAUCAAUUUAAAUAAUAAUACAGCCAAUUCACGUGGAACCAUAGUAAGUCGCACCACACUUCCACAAACUAGUGAAAGUGUCGUAAGUCGCUUAUCUCGUGGCAGUGCCAUAAGUCAAAUCAGAUCAAAUGCAUCGCGUGAUAUUGGACCCCGCCACCUAUCCCAUUCAGAAUAGCAGCAUCCAUUGUGUUUUUUCUUGUUAAAAAGCCGAGAUUUAGAGUGUACUAUGUAAUGUAAUUCGUUUAAGCAAAAAUAAAAAAAAUAUGUAUAAAUAUUUUUUG